AUGGACGUUGCCAAGCCGACGACACUGAUAGUCGAGCCAUUUUAUGGAGGGUCUCAUGCUCAGCUGAUGGAACUCUUCGUCAGAGAAUUUCAAAGUCAAACACCAUUCGAGCUAAUCUCUAUGAGAGCUACCAAGUGGCAUUGGAGAGCCCGGACUUCUGCCUUGUGGCUGUCGCAGAACAUUCCUCGAGAAAGGGGGUUCAAAAAACUCUUCAUCACAUCUGUGGUCAACCUGGCCGAGUUGCUCGGUUUGAGAAGAGACUUGGCUGAAAUCGAGGAGAAGAUCGUUUACUUCCACGAGAAUCAGCUCGAUUAUCCUGUACUCGAUGAGAAAGAGAGGAAUUUCCAGUAUGGAUACAAUCAGAUCAUGACGGCGCUGGCUGCCGACAGGGUCAUAUUCAACUCGGGGUACAAUGCAUCCUCAUUCUUGUCGAGAAUCGAUUCGUUUCUAAACAAACAGCCCGACUACCACACCCAAUGCAGGCAUCUCAUCGAGAAAAAAUGCUCGGUCCUCUUCUUCCCAAUCAAUUUGGAGCGCUUCAACUCGCCAUCCGGGAACGACGUUCUUCACAUACUUUGGCCGCAUCGUUGGGAACACGACAAGGACCCAAACGCAUUCUUCGAGGUGUUGCGCGACCUGAAAGGAUCUGGCUGCUCUUUCGAAGUCUCAGUAUUGGGCGAGAGCUAUGGGGAGGUGCCACCCGUUUUCCAUGAAGCAAGGGACUUCCUCGAGGGAAUGAUCCGCAAUUGGGGCUACGCGUCUUCUCGAGAUGAAUAUUCGAAUAUACUCCGAUCUUCGGACAUCGUGGUGUCCACGGCCAUCCACGAAUUUUACGGGGUAGCGGUUCUCGAAGCUGUUUUCUGUGGUGCAUAUCCUCUGGUACCCAACCGGCUCUCGUACCCUGAGCUGCUCCCACAACAAUGCUUAUACAGCACGAGAGCUCAACUUGUGAAAAGGUUGAAGGAGUUCUGCAGAAAACCACAUGUCCCACGGAAGCUCGCCAGCGAAAUCGACCUCGCUCCUUAUCACUGGGUUGGUCUUAAAGAGAAAUACAGGAGCUUGUUGUUCUGA